GUAAGUCAAUGGGAGAAAUGAAUGGGAAAUUUACUUCCGGCAUCAAAGCUCUCUCGGGCUGUGGGCGGGACUGUGAUGCUCUAUAACAGAACGGUGUGCAAAAAUCUCUUAAAUAUUUUAAAGAUUCUAUGCAGCAAACAUUAAAUAUUUGAGAUACUUUUAUAUAUCCAGCGUUUAGAUGAUCAUGAUGUACAGAUGGAAACACGAUGGCUUUCUUCAAUCUUGAGGGGGUCUGGUGCCACAGCAUUUUUGUUUCCAGGCAGAACGUUAAAGAACGUGAAACACACGUCUCCCGGAAAUCCUGUAGAAUUCAACCAAUCUAAUGAAGACUUUGACACUUCUGAAGAGUUUUCUCUUUUGUGUCCUAUAUGCAUCAGAUGUUUAGCCAACGGUCCGUGGGUGUGAAGUCUGAGGCUAAGACUAGCAGCAAAACUCGUACUAACCAUGACAGCAGUAUGAAGUAGUUGGUCCUUCAGAUCCUGUUCUUGCUGUAGCUGGUGAAGAUGUGAUUCUGUCCUGUUCAGUCAAACCUCUCAUGAGUGUUGUGGACAUGAGAGUGGAGUGGUCUAGACCUGAUCUGAGAGGUUCACUAGUGCAUCUCUAUGAGGAACAUGAAGACAAAAACACAGAUCAGAGUCAGUACAGAGGGAGAACAAAACUGAAUCUUCAAGAACUACAUAGAGGAAAUGCAUCACUCAAACUUUCAUCUGUCCAAGUCUCUGAUGAAGGACGUUAUAUGUGUUUUAUUCAGUCCAAAUUCUGGUUUGAUGACACCACUGUUGAUGUUAAAGUUGAAGCUGUAGGAAGUCCUCCAGUGAUCACUGUUGAUGGGUUUGAUGAUUCAGGAGGGCUUCGUCUACAAUGUGAAUCUGAAGGUUGGUAUCCUGAACCUGUUCUUGAGUGGCUGGACAGUGAAGGAGUCCGUUUGAGUUCAGAAACAACAGAUACACACAGAGGAACAGACAGAUUCAGUGUGAAACACACCAUCACUGUACAUCACAGAGACGACAAGAUUCACUGCAGAGUCAAACUGAGACAUCACAUGCUGGAGACACUGAUAAUUGGCUCAAGUAAUAUGUUUAAUUCUUGGAAGAAUCCAAUCAACCUGAUUUCAGUUAUAGUGGUGGUCAUUGUGAUUGCUGGAAUUGCUGGAUUACUGAUCGCUGUGUUUUUUCAUAAAAAUAGGGAACUUUCAAGAGACUUUCAUUUUUUACAGAGUCAGAAGAGCCAUAUACAAGAUGUGAUCACGUAUUUAAGAAAACAUAAAGUGAAUGUGAUUCUGGAUGCUGAUACGGCUCAUCCACAUCUCAUCAUGUCCAGUGAUGGGAAACAUGUGAGAUAUGAAGAGAUACAACUGGAAAGAGUGGAUUGGGAAGAGGAACAAAAUGACAAGUUUGAUAAAUAUCUUGCUAUCCUUGGGAAGGAGGGUUUUUCUACAGGGUGUUUUUACUACGAGGUGCAAGUGAAGGGACAAACUGUGUGGGAUUUAGGAGUGGCCAGAGAAUCCACCGAGAAAAAAGGGUCCAUCGAUAUGAAUAUUCUCAGUGGAUACUGGACUACGUGUCUGAGAUAUGUAAAUUACUUGCAUCUGUCUUAUGACUCCUCAGAAGUACUUUUUCCUCUGAAAACUAAACCCCAGAGGGUUGGUGUGUUUGUGGAUUAUGAGAAGGGUCAGGUUUCCUUUUAUGAUGUGGACUCCAGCUCUCAUAUCUACUCUUACACUGAUCAGUCUUUUAAUGAGAAAAUAUAUCCCUUUCUUAGUUUAGGGUAUAAGAGUAAUGAAAACUCUACAGCACUGGUUAUCUGUGAUGAUUACUGAUCAGUGAAAGAAUUUACAUGAACAAUUGAAAAAAAGUGUAACAGCAAUUAAAACUAAAUAUUGUUUACAGUACCAGGCACAAAUUUGGACAAACAAAGGUAUUUUAAUGGUUUACAUAAUAUUAAAAAAAAAUAUUUGUCUUGCUGUACUGUAUGUAUGUGUAAUGUACAUUUUUAUCUAUUUUUUCUGUCUAAAAGUGGCAAAAAAUAAAUAACAAAUAAAGCAAAAACAAACAAGCAAUCAGAAAUCAUAGAGGUAUCCUAGAUUUGUCCCUUUUAUUUUAAAAUGUACCAGCUGCCACGGCACUUUUUUUUCAACGUUUUGAGCUGGAAUUUUGUUAUUCCGUAUUUAGUGGAAUAUGGUGGAUUAUUUUUUUUUUAUUACUGUUGUACUGCCAAGCCCCUGAAAUACUGAAAUUGAAUUGUUCCAAUUAAUUUACAUAAUUUAAUAACAUAACUGAGCGGUAGACCUGGGACCAAUUAAUUUGAUCUAUUUUAGUAAAAGUAGCAAUGUUAAGUGUCACUUAUCUAGCAUGUUAAUAUGAUACAAUAUAAAAGAUAUUACUUGUUUGGCACUGUAACAGAUAUUUUUCAUUUGUUUCACUUGAACAAGCCUCUCAAAAGAGGGGUUGCACUUGAAAAAAACCACAUAAAUUAUUUUCGGCUGAUGUCACCUAGGUUGUAAAGGCAUGGAAAAUAAUGUUAAUCAGUAGCUAAAUAACAUUGUUUUAGGCUACUGUUGUAGGUGCAGUAAUUCAAUAUUAAACUGAUAAUGGCAAUAAUAGCAAGUAAGUCUAAUAAUAGAUUUGAAAACAACGCUUUAAAAUUUGGAUGUACUCUGGUCAAAAAUCCUCAAUAAA